AAAGCAGCUAUAAUAACAGUAUGAAUAGAUCUCCCUCUUCUCUCGGCGAUUCCUCUCUUCUCUCUCUAAAUCCCUUCUCCUGUGUAUACAUUACAAGCAUUCAUGGGCGCCUACCGAGCAGAAGACGACUACGAUUACUUGUUCAAGGUGGUGCUCAUCGGCGAUUCUGGCGUCGGCAAAUCCAACCUGCUCUCCAGAUUCACUCGUAACGAGUUCAGCUUGGAGUCCAAGUCCACGAUCGGAGUCGAGUUCGCCACUCGGAGCAUCCACGUCGACGAGAAGGUCAUCAAGGCUCAGAUUUGGGACACUGCUGGCCAGGAACGAUAUCGUGCAAUCACAAGUGCUUACUACCGUGGAGCUGUUGGUGCCUUGUUGGUCUAUGAUGUAACACGUCAUGUUACAUUUGAAAAUGUAGAGAGAUGGUUGAAGGAGCUGAGGGAUCACACAGACUCAAAUAUCGUGAUAAUGCUGGUGGGGAACAAGGCUGACUUGCGCCACCUACGCGCUGUUUCCACAGAGGACGCCACAGCUUUUGCUGAAAAGGAGAAGACAUUCUUCAUGGAAACUUCAGCCCUGGAAUCACUGAACGUGGAAAGCGCCUUCACAGAAGUGCUCACACAGAUCCAUGGUGUAGUCAGCAGGAAAGCUCUAGAAAGUGGCGAUGAUCCAGCCCCUAUAUCUAAAGGGCAGACCAUUAAUGUUGGAUCAAAGGAUGACGUUUCAGCAGUAAAGAAAGGUGGUUGCUGCUCCGGUUGAGUAUACCAAGGAGUUUAUGGCCGUUCCAUAUUUUACUCUAGCGAGAUUACGAUUUCAAUCUACACACGGGUGACCUGGGACUACUAGGCUGCCACUCGUUGUUGAUGUGCACACCACAUUUGUCCGGAUUUAGUAGACACUGUGGAGCAAAGAUUCAUUCGUAGUCACUUCCUCGUGUUCGUUUUUAUCAUUCGGCCCCUUGAAUUCGUAUUAUAAUAGUAUUGUGAGACUCUUAUAGAUUCUUUACUUACGUAUAUUUGAGUGCUCUAGGUUUGAAUUUAGACAUGUAUUCGGAAGUGAACCCCAUUCUUGUACUCUAAUUUUGAAGUGUGAUUUUAUUUCAA